GGCUCGGCUUUCAGCUCUCGGCUGUCUGCCGCCGCUGGCCUGUCCAAAAUGGAGGGCUCUCCACCGGCGCCGUUUGCCCUCCGGCUGCUCCUGCUCGCAGCGCUGCCGGCCGCCGGGUGGCUGAUGACGGUUACCAAUGAGCUGCCAUUGCCGCCCCAAGCCCCGAAGGACAGCAUCAGAAUUAAUGUAACUACCCUGAAAGGUGAUGGGGAAGUAUCUAAAGAACAGGUUGUUCUUAACAUAACCUAUGAGAGUGGACAGGUAUAUGUAAAUGACUUCCCUGUAAAUAGUGGUGUAACCCGAAUAAGCUGUCAGACUUUGAUAGUGAAGAGUGAAAAUCUGGAAAAUGUGGAGGAAAAAGAAUAUUUUGGAAUUGUCAGUGUAAGGAUUUUAGUUCAUGAGUGGCCUAUGACAUCUGGUUCCAGUUUGCAACUAAUUGUCAUUCAAGAAGAGGUAGUAGAGAUUGAUGGAAAACAGGCUCAACAAAAGGAUGUUACUGAAAUUGACAUUUUAGUUAAGAACCAGGGAAUACUCAGACAUUCAAACUAUACCCUGCCUUUGGAGGAAAGCAUGCUGUAUUCUAUUUCCCGAGACAGUGACAUUUUAUUUACCCUUCCCAACCUCUCCAAAAAAGUAGAAAGUGUCAGCUCAUUGCAGACCACCAGCCAGUAUCUUCUCAGGAAUGUGGAAACUACCGUAGAUGAAGACGCUUUACCUGGCAAACUUCCUGAGACUCCUCUCAGAGCAGAGCCUCCAUCUUCAUAUAAGGUGAUGUGUCAAUGGAUGGAAAAAUUCAGAAAAGAUCUGUGUAGGUUCUGGAGCAGUGUUUUUCCAGUAUUCUUUAUGUUUCUGAACGUCAUGGUGGUUGGAAUUAUAGGAGCAGCUAUGGUAAUAACCAUCUUAAAGGUGCUCUUCCCAGUUUGUGAAUACAAAGGAAUUCUUCAAUUGGAUAAAGUAAGUGUUAUACCUGUCACAGCUAUCAACUUAUUUCCGGAUAAUCCUGAGAAAAGAGCACAAAACCUUGAAGAUAAAGCAUGUGUUUGAAACACCAUCUCAAAUCAUGGACUCUGAAUUAGUCUUUUGGCUCUAAAUUUGCCACUUGAAUAGAAUUUUCUUUAAAUCGCUAAGAAUAUGUUUAUACACUAGGGAAAUUGCUGAACUCCUAAAACUGCCUAAAACUUGACCUUUAAGUGACAGGUUAAAGUUCACCUUACUCUAGAACAGGGCUGGCUAUUCAGAUGAUGAAUUAAGGGAAAUUUAAAUGAAGUAGAAGACGUGAAGAAACUUCCAAAAAAAAAAA